GAUGACGUAAGAGCAGUGGCGCGAUGACGUCACGCGCACGCCGUCACACCGCGCAGGAGGCUUCAAUGGCGCCGCUGCGUCUCCACCUCCUCCCGCUCCUGGCGCUGGCGGCUUCGCUGCCCCUCGCCUCGGCCCUCUACGAGGACCAGAUCGGCAAGUUCGACUGGAGGCAGCGCUACGUGGGCUCUGUGCGGCAGGCUUGGUUCGAGGGCCCAAGCGCCUCACCACGGCGCAUCCUCCUCACCACGUCGCAGAGAGUGGUCGCCGCACUCAACACUCGCUCUGGGGAACUCCUGUGGAGACAAGUACUGCCUGAGCAGGAGGGGCCUGUGGAGAUGAUGCUGCAUCAUAACACAGACACUGUGACGCUGUCCGGGAGAUUCCUGAGGUCCUGGGACUCGGCUUUGGGAGCUCUCAACUGGGAAACUCAGCUCCAGCCUGCAAGCGUGGUGUCGGCCGUGCUGACUGUCGCCCGUUCAUCGCCACGCUCCGUGCUGCUGCUGAGAGAGCCGGGGGCCCUGCAGCUGAUAGCCCUGGGCAGCGGUGACACACACUGGGACACACAGCUGCGCGAUGGAGUUGCCUACGAGAUGCUCCUGGGAGUCGGCGACGGAGACUACGGGGGUCACGGGGGUCACGGGGGUCACGUGCUCGUGCUGGGCCUGGAGGCUGGUGGCUCGAGGCUGCAGGCCGUGAUGGUGGAUUUGGCGCACGGAGAGGUGGUGGCCGAGGCCUGGCUGGACUUGCCUGGUAGAGGCCUGCCCUCCCUGUCCACGUCCUGUGUACCCGUGUCUCCCCGUCGCCUCUGCUGCAUCUCGCCGUCCGGUGACAUCAUCACCGUCACCGCCACCGUCACCGUCGCCUCCGUCAACGCGACGGACCCCGGCGCUGACCAACACACGGGUCCGCUCAGCCUGAAAUCGACCACUGCCAGCCUGGAGUCUGUGGGCGUGUUGGUAGAGCCCGGCUCCACCCCCCGCCUGCUGCCCGUGGCCUCGUCGCUGCAGGGCCCCCCCUCUCCGCCCCGCGUGGUGGUACAGUCCGGGUCCCACCACCACCACCACCACGCGCUGCUCUCCCUCGACGAGCAAGGGGAGGCAUCCUCCUCCUCCUCCUCUGCCUCCUCCUCCUCCACUGCCUCCUCCUCCUCCGCCUCCUCCGCCUCCGCCUCCCUCGGCCUACUCAAGGACCUGCCCAGCACGCUGCUCGUGAGCUUCGCGUCUGCAGGGGACCGCUGGUUCAUGGCAGCGCUCAGCCAGAAAAACCAAACGGCCUACACAGUGAGCCUGUACUCCGUGUCCAGUGGGCGACGGCUCACGGACUCCACGCUCACCUUCACUGUCGAUCUCAACACCGGCUCACCCGAAAAGAUGUUUGUGAACGUCUUCCUCAAGAAGGACGACUCUGUGGGAUACCGCAUCCUCAUCAAGAUGGACGACUACUCCCUGCUCAUGGUUCACCAACCUGGGAGGGUGAUGUGGCUCAGGGAGGAGGCUCUGGGUCACGUGGUGAUGAUGGAGCUUGUGGAUCUGCCUCUCACCAGCACCCAGGCUGAGCUGGAGGGAGGUUUCAGCAAGAAAACUGGCGGCGUCGGAGGCGGCCUGAUCUUCUCCUUUGCCCAGCGGCUGAGCUCCCAGGCCGGCCUGCUGCAGGCCUGGCUGCUCCGCUCGCUGCGCGCCUUCGCGGACGCUCGUCGCCCCUCCACCUCGUCGCCGUCGCCCACCUCAUCGCCGCCGCCGCCAACCUCGUCCUCGGGGAAGAGGAUGGGUCCAUCGUCGUCAUCGUCAUCAUCAUCGUCGCCGUCGUCAUCGUCAUCGUCAUCAUCGUCGUCAUCAUCGUCGUCAUCGUCAUCAUCGUCGUCAUCGUCGUCGUCAUCGUCGUCAUCGUCGUCAUCAUCGUCGUCAUCGCCGUCGCCGUGGGCGGGCGCCACGGCCGCACUGCCGCACGAGACGCUCGCCAGGGACGACUUCAACAUCCGCAAGAUGAUGGUGAUGGUGACGGGGGCCGGCAAGCUGGUGGGCAUGGAGAGUGGUGGAGGUCGCUUGGUGUGGAGACUCCUGCUGGUGGAAGACGCCAGGCACAGAGAGCCCCUACGGCUGGUGGCACAGCGCGGGACCGCUCACUACCCCCACCCCCCGCUGUGUACCCUGGUACUCAGGGACCCCGUCACGUCGCUGCCCUCCCUCGUCGAGUUCAACCCCAUCUCGGGACGAGCGACUCCCCGCACAGACUCCACCAACCCCCCCAGCGCACCUCCAACGGACCCCUCGGCCACGCUCACCCCCUCGGCCACGGCCACGCUCACCACCCCGCUGCUCCAGACGCUGCUGCUGCAGCCGCUGCAGCUGCAGCAGCAGCAGCAGCAGCAGGAGCAGCAGCAGGAGCAGCGGCAGGCGGAGGCUGCGGGCACAGCGGGCGACCCCAGCCAUACCAAGCUGCUUCUGCUGCUGCACACAGAUCUGACGGUGUCCGUGUCUCCGUCCACGCCGGCGCUCCUGUCCCAGCUCCGCGCCUGCGCCCGUUCCGUUUUCUUCUUUGUCGCCAACGUCACCGCCGGCACCGUCCAGGGAUACCAGCUGCAGCCCGAUCUCCGUGUCUCCCCCGUGUGGCGAGUCUUCUUCUCGCCCGAGACACAGACCAUCGUGAGCGUGGAGGGCAAACGGCCCGGGGAACACGUCCACUCCCCAGGCAGAGUCUUGGGGGAUCGGAGCGUCAUGUACAAGUACCUGAACCGUAACGUGGUGGCGGUGGCUCUUCAGAGCGUCGAGCCCGGCACCUCCUCCUCCUCCUCCUCUGCCACCACCACCGCCACCACCAACGCCGCCGGUGGCGGAGGAGGCGGUGGUGGCGGGCAGGCGUCUGAGCGAGGAUGGGUGUCGGUGGUGCUGGUGGACACCGUCACCGGCUGUCUGCUCCACUCGGCUGUGGUGCGGAGGGCACGUGGACCGCUGCGGCUCGUCCACUCGGAGAACUGGCUGGUGUUCCAGUACUGGAACUCGAAGUCCCGCCGCUCUGAGCUCACCUCGCUGGAGCUCUUCGAGGCGUCCUCCGGGGGGGCCCUCGCCACGGCGGGGGGGGCGGAGGGGGAGGGAGGGGGGGCCGUGGGGGGGGGCCGCCCGUCGUCCUCGGCGGCCUUCAGCUCGCUGAGUCCCCCGGCGAGGCCUGACGCUCUGCACCAGGCCUACAUCCUGCCAGCCGCCCCGGCGUUGCUGGCCGCCACAGUCACCGAGAGGGGCAUCACCAGCCGCAGCAUUCUCGUGGCGCUGCCAUCAGGAGGGAUUGUGUCCCUGCCUCGGGCAUUCCUGGACCCCCGCAGGCCGGACCUGCCCACUGACGCCAGCCGGGAGGAGGGCCUCAUCCCGUACAGCCCUGAGCUGCCACUGCCGACGGAGUGGAACAUCAACUACAAUCAGAGCGUGGCCCAGGUCCGCGCUAUCCACACCUCCCCCACGGGGCUGGAGUCCACAUGCCUGGUGGUGGCCUACGGCUUGGACGUCUUCCAGACGCGCGUCCACCCCUCCCGCAUGUUCGACGUCCUCAAGGACGACUUCGACUUCGUGCUCAUUGGCUCGGUGCUCGUGGGCCUGGUCCUCGCGAGCGCCCUCACGCGUCGCCUGGCCCAGGUCAAGGGCCUCAACGCGGCCUGGAGGUAGCCGCUGGGCCGCACCGCCGGCGAGAGGUCCCCUCGGGCGAGAGGUCCCCUCGGGCGAGAGGUCCCCUCGGGCGAGAGGUCCCCUCGGGCGAGAGGUCCCCUCGGGCGAGAGGUCCCCUCGGGCGAGAGGUCCCCUCGGGCGAGAGGUCCCCUCGGGCGAGAGGUCCCCUCGGGCGAGAGGUCCCCUCGGGCGAGAGGUCCCCUCGGGCGAGAGGUCCCCUCGGGCGAGAGGUCCCCUCGGGCGAGAGGUCCCCUCGGGCGAGAGGUCCCCUCGGGCGAGAGGUCCCCUCGGGCGAGAGGUCCCCUCGGGCGAGAGGUCCCCUCGGGCGAGAGGUCCCCUCGGGCGAGAGGUCCCCUCGGGCGAGAGGGAGCCUCGGGCGAGAGGUCCCCUCGGGCGAGAGGUCCCCUCGGGCGAGAGGUCCCCUCGGGCGAGAGGUCCCCUCGGGCGAGAGGAGCCUCGCGGGGAGAAGACCCACGGGGAGAAGACCCCUCAUCGCCCUGCACGGCACUCAUUAACUCGCUCACUCACUACACUACACUCACUACACUCACUCACGACACUCACUCACUACACUCACUCACUACACACCACGGGGAGAAGACCAACGGGGAGAAGACCCCUCAUCGCCCUGCACGGCACUCAUUAACUUGACUCGCUCGCUACACUACACUCACUACACUCACUCACGACACUCACUACACUCACUCAUUAACUCACUCGCUCACUCACUCACUACACUCACUACACACCACGGGGAGAAGACCCACGGGGAGAAGACCCCUCAUCGCCCUGCACGGCACUCAUUAACUUGACUCGCUCGCUACACUACACUCACUACACUCACUCACGACACUCACUACACUCACUCAUUAACUCACUCGCUCACUCACUCACUACACUCACUACACACCAC